GCCGCAUGGAUGAAACCAACCAGCAGCGGCAGAUGAGAGCAAGUCGAAGUGAAUUUGAGCAGCAGUGACUGCUAGCGAGGGGGUUGCGUCAGUGCAGUACAGUUAUUCCAGUCCUAGGUCCCUAGACCGAGGCUAUGGCUAUACGACCCAACGCUGCUCUGGGACAACGUAGGAUAUCGAGACUGAAAGAUGAGGGACGGCGCCAGGCGAGCCGCUCGCUGGGCCAGGCGGGGACUCUGCCGCCCCUGGUGCUCUACAUGCACUCCUCGUAGAGCGAGACAAGGACCGAAGGCCACUCCGCUGCCGCUGGCCAAAGUUAUGGUGGUAGCAUCGGUGCUAUUUGUGAACCAGUUUGGAAGUAUGCUGCUAUUCCCUUUCCUCCCGUUCAUGGUGCACGACUUCUUCCCACAUCUCAGUAGAGAGCAACUCGGCCAGAAGGCUGGAUAUCUUGGAAGUGCAUUCUUCUUUGGAAACUUUAUUGGCAGUUUCGGCUGGGGCUGGGCGUCGGACGUGUUUGGACGCAAACCCAUCAUGUUGCUGGGUCUCUUCUUUACGCUCAUCAUGGAGCUGCUCUUUGGGUUCAGUCAGAACUUUGCCUGGGCCGUGACAGCCCGGUUCCUCUGGGGUCUUCUCAAUGGGAACCUCGGAGUCGCCAAGACCUACAUCUCUGAGGUUUGUGAUGACAGCAACCAGGCCAAGGGUUUCUCUGUGAUCGGAACUAGUUCAGGGAUUGGAAGGCUUGUUGGAUCUGUGGUCGGUGGUUUCUUGUCUCAACCGGCUUCGAAAUACUCUGUGUUUGAAACUCAGUUCUUCUGCAAGUUUCCCUACGCCUUGCCCUGCAUCGUCGGUGCCACAAUAUGCCUCCUGAGUUUCAUAUCUGCAUCGAUAUUUAUAGAGGAGACGUUGCACAAGACCAGGAGAGAUUCGGCCGCUAGCAGUGAAACCACAGAAACACCCAGCUCGACUGACUCCGGAAUCGAACUGGCUCGCCAGCUACAGGACGACGAGAGAGAAUCAGACGACAGACUCAUCGGUUCAGACACGGCUCCGCUGGUGAUGGAGAGCGAUAUCGACAGCGAGUCCGACGGAGGAGGGGUGAUGUCAUCCGAUGGAGGGAUGACAUCGUUUGACGAGAGAGUUGGGUCCGACACGGAGCUGUUAAUAAACGAGGGUAGGAGUGAGGAGGAGAGAGUGGGGAGCGUGAGGAGAUGGUCAACUAGCUGGAGCCCCCAUGUGGCGAUCAGGAGGACUCGGAACAAGGCGAGGGGGUGGAGGGAGGGGUGUGGUGUGUGUGUGGCUGGUUGUGCCAGCUGUACUCCAAAGAAAGCCCGCCUGUUUCUCCGAGACAAUCUGAGACGGAUGCUGGGGAAGUUGCACAUGGUGGCACGACUGAUGGUCGACCGGAAAGUGUUCCUCUCUACUAGUAUCUAUGGGAUGUAUGGAGGCCUCCAUGUAUUAGUUAGCGAGACCUUCCCACUGUUGAUGGUGACGUGCUAUCGUCACGGAGGGUACCACCUGGACGGCAGCGAGCUGGGAGUCAUCAUUAUGUGCAGCGGUGUCUUACAGAUCUUCUGGCAGUUGUUGGUCUACCCAAGACUAGUCAAAUUACUCGGUUACCGUCGAACCUUCCAAUUCGGCGUCUUUGCGUGUGUUGCCUGUUUUCUCAUCCUCCCGUUCUCCAACUGGAUCACCGGACCCAUAGGGGACGCCGCAGACAACCUCUGUAGCGGCUCCGAAACAAACUCUACCUCGUCGUCCAGUGUCUAUUCUGGGUCGGGGUCUGGGGGGUUCGUCGCGGCAAACUCGACCGGGUUCUGUCAAGUCGAUUACGAGACUAGCGUGAACGAAAACUCCGUGUCAAGGAUUCCGGCUAGAGUGUGGGCAAUGCUGCUCAGCGUGAUGGCCCUUCUAGUCAUAUCCAGGAUCAGUGGGUUCAUCAGCCUGUUUGUCUUAGUUGGAAACUCCAGCCUGCCAGAGACAAGAGGCUCCGUCAAUGGAAUUGGACAGUCUCUCGUGGCCAUCAGUCGGUCCAUAGCGCCUCUGGUCGGCUCUCUGCUCUUUGCCUGGAGCGAGAAUAACAGAGGUGGCCAGGGUGGUGUGGCGGUGCCCAAGAUAAUAUACGCCUCCAGAACGCACUCUCAGCUCUCUCAUGUCAUUCAUGAACUGAAGAACACCAUAUACAGACCUCGAAUGGCUAUCAUUGGCUCCAGGGAACAGCUGUGUAUCCAUCCCGAGGUCUCCAAGAAAGAUACCAACUUUGAGAAAGUUCACUUGUGUCGAGCCAAGGUCCAGAGCAAUUCCUGCCAUUUCUGCAGAAACGUCGAUGUGAAACGUCUCAAGACUAGGAACACAGUUAUGGAUGUCGAGGACCUGGUCUUAGCCGGCACUAAACAGAGGAUGUGUCCGUAUUACCUGGCGAGAGAGAUGCAGGCCGAGGCUGAUAUCGUGUUCAUGCCAUACAACUAUAUCUUAGACAUCAAGACGAGAAAGAUGCACAACAUCAAUGUGCAAGGAACAAUCAUCAUCUUGGACGAGGCACACAACAUUGAGAGGGUGUGUGAAGACUCUGCAAGCUUCGAUCUCACGUCCACCGACAUCAGUCUGUGUAUCAGCGACGUGGACACCAUUCUCAAGGCCAAGAAAGAGGAACUGGAACUCUCUGCUGAGGGAGAAAUUAGCGAUGACUUUACAGACUUUCUCAACCUCAAAGCUGUUCUUUUAUCUCUGGAGAAGAAGAUGGACGAACUGGACCUCAGUACCUCCUCCAAGGGGGUGGUCAAACCUGGAGAGUUUAUGUUUGAGUUCCUGGCUGGUGUAGGAGUGACUCAGGGCAAUGUCCACAUUCUAAGUGGCCAGUGUGGCAGGGCCAUCUCCUGGCUCACCGCCGACAGCAGAUCCUUCAGAAACGGCAACAACAUCGAGAAAUUCUUGGAUGCAAUCACGGUGGUGUUCAGUCACUCUGGCAGAGGCCCCGCCCACAGCUCCACCCACAGCUACAAAGUGUUCAUGAAGGCAGAGGAUGCCAAAACCAAGAAGAAGUCUGACAUGUGGGCAGCGCCUGCUGCAGAGUCAUCCUCCAAGAAAGAGACACGUACUCUGAGCUACUGGUGUUUCAGUCCCGGACACGCCAUGAGUGACCUCACGGCCCAGGGAGUCCGCUCUGUGAUUCUCACCAGCGGAACUCUCUCUCCUCUCGACUCAUUCUCCUGCGAACUUCACAUUGAUUUCCCAGUGCAAUACGAAGGUCCUCAUGUCAUAUCAAAGGAGCAGAUGUGGGUGGGUGUGGUCUCCAGAGGCUGUGACGGAGUCUCACUAAACUCCUCAUAUGAGAACAGGUCCACGGCUUCUUACCAGUCAAGUCUUGGCAAUACCAUUGUGAACUUUGCUCGGAUUGUGCCGCAAGGACUGCUGGUCUUCUUCCCCUCCUACCCUGUCAUGCACAGCUGCAUCAACCACUGGAGGGAGAACGGAAUACUGCAGAGGAUGGAGCAGUUCAAACCGUACUACCAGGAGCCGAGAAAAAAGGGAGAGUUUAACCCCACAAUGGAUGCUUUCUACGAGGCUAUCAACGACCCCAAAAGAGACGGAGCCAUUUUCUUUGCUGUGUGCAGAGGAAAGGUUAGCGAAGGGUUGGAUUUUGCCAACAACAAUGGUCGAGCUGUGAUCAUAACUGGACUGCCGUACCCUCCUAGAAUGGACCCAAAGGUUGACUUAAAGAUGAAACAUCUGGAAGAAUCACGGAGCACACGCUCUGUCAAAGUACUGGGAGGGCAGGAGUGGUACAGACAACAGGCGUCACGUGCGGUCAAUCAGGCAGUGGGGAGGGUCAUCAGACACAAGCAAGACUAUGGAGCUAUCAUACUCUGCGACGAGAGGUUUGCCUACCGUGGUAACAUUGAGCAGCUGCCCAAAUGGGUCCGUCCGUACGUGAAGACCUACGAGAAGUUUGGCCUUGUCCAGAGAGAUCUCAGUCGAUUCUUCUCCAAUGCAGGGAAACAGUUUGGAGGUAUGGCUCCAAAGAGAAGUGUGGUAGAGACGGUAAGGAGCGGCAAUGAGGGGGAGUCGUCCUCUGGGGGCAGGGGGGACUAUUGUGCAUCUCUGAAGAAACUGGAGAAGAUGCACUCUGUACCAGGUAGGACUCUGCUCAGUUCUCUGAAGCAAGUAGAGGCUAGCAGUGAUUCCGUGGGAAAGAAGACGUUAACUCUGCACAGGAGAACACAUCUCAAGUUGGCAGUUGAGGCUGGCCCCACUCUCUCACAGACUAUACUCUGUGGCCACAGCUCUGCACAGAGCUCCAAGUCACUGGCCACUGAUGAAGGCUCCACAGUUAAAGCCAGACCCAAGAAGAUGCUAGUAGUGUCAAAGAGACAUCAGGUGAAAAAGACGGAGAACAUUGUUGGAUUCAUAGACGAGAUAAGGGCUAAUUUGAGUGACCAGGCCUACAGCAGCUUCAAGACAGCUCUAGCACUGUACAAAGAGAAACAUGAUAUCUAUGCCUUCAUUGAAAGUCUGAAGGAAAUUUUCAACCAGGCAGCUCAUCACCAUUUACUCAAGAAGCUUCACUCGUUUGUGUUGGAGAAGCACAAGGACACGUUUUCUCUCUUCUGCCACGAGUUUAGUGGUAGUGAACUGCAAACACGUGGGUCUACUGCUGCACACCAACCCCAUGGUAAUUAG